CCACGCCCCCCGCCCCGCCCCGCCCCCUCGGCGCGCGCGGCCGCGGCGCGAGCCGCCAAGAUGGCGUCGGCCCUGGAGCAGUUCGUCAACAGCGUCCGGCAGCUCUCGGCCCAGGGGCAAAUGACCCAGCUUUGUGAACUGAUCAAUAAAAGUGGAGAGCUGCUAGCAAAAAAUCUUUCCCAUCUGGAUACAGUGCUUGGUGCCCUGGAUGUACAGGAACACUCACUAGGUGUUCUUGCUGUCUUGUUUGUGAAGUUUUCUAUGCCCAGCAUCCCUGACUUCGAAACGUUAUUCUCACAGGUGCAGCUUUUCAUCAGCACUUGCAAUGGAGAACACAUUAGAUAUGCAACAGACACUUUUGCUGGCCUGUGCCACCAGUUAACAAAUGCCCUUGUGGAGAGAAAACAGCCCCUGCGAGGAAUUAGCAUUCUCAGACAAGCCAUAGACAAGAUGCAGAUGAACACAAACCAGCUGACCUCAAUACACGCAGAUCUCUGCCAGCUCUGUUUGUUAGCAAAAUGCUUUAAACCUGCCCUCCCGUAUCUAGAUGUGGACAUGAUGGAUAUUUGUAAAGAGAAUGGGGCAUAUGAUGCGAAGCACUUUUUAUGUUACUACUACUAUGGUGGGAUGAUAUACACUGGGCUAAAGAACUUUGAAAGAGCACUCUACUUCUAUGAACAGGCAAUAACUACUCCAGCCAUGGCAGUCAGUCAUAUUAUGUUGGAAUCAUAUAAAAAGUAUAUCCUAGUUUCUUUGAUACUACUUGGUAAAGUUCAGCAGCUACCAAAAUACACUUCCCAGAUAGUUGGUAGAUUCAUUAAGCCUCUUAGCAAUGCUUACCAUGAAUUAGCACAAGUUUAUUCAACCAAUAAACCCUCGGAGCUUCGAAAUCUGGUGAACAAACACAGUGAAACUUUCACAAGAGAUAACAAUAUGGGGCUGGUUAAGCAAUGCUUGUCAUCUCUCUACAAAAAGAAUAUUCAGAGGCUAACCAAGACGUUUUUAACAUUGUCAUUACAAGACAUGGCAAGUCGAGUGCAGCUGUCGGGGCCCCAAGAAGCAGAAAAAUACGUCCUCCACAUGAUAGAAGAUGGUGAAAUCUUUGCAAGUAUUAAUCAGAAAGAUGGUAUGGUCUGUUUCCAUGAUAAUCCUGAAAAAUAUAACAAUCCAGCUAUGCUUCAUAACAUUGAUCAGGAGAUGCUGAAAUGUAUAGAGCUUGAUGAACGACUGAAAGCCAUGGAUCAAGAGAUCACUGUGAACCCUCAGUUUGUGCAGAAGAGUAUGGGCUCUCAAGAAGAUGACUCAGGGACCAAACCAUCCAGUUAUUCUUGAAAUUAAUGUUGCUCACCACUCCGCUUUCAAGUAAAAGCUUAUGAAAGAAUCACGCCUGGAGCAGGGCAUUGAGGAGUUCCACAGAGAGAGCAGAGAGAACUGAGCUUUGCUUUUCACCUGGACAUUAAGAAAAUAAAAGAACACCCUCUCAGUACUGUAUAAUAUCAGAAAUAUUCUCUGCAAAGAAAAAGGAAAUCUCAAAAGAAACUUGAAAGUCUGUUGUGGAUUUAUUUAUCUUCAGAUUAACAUUGUUAAUGCAUUAAAUAAUCUACCUUUUGUUUUAAA